AUGGCUCGUCACAUGAACAAGAAAAUCUUCCUCGCGGAUUUUGUCUACGAGGUCGAAACCGACUUCGGAAUUGAUGGAACACCAGCAUCAUGGGCAUCCACAGAUAACGGCAAACCUGCGCAUCGCUACUGGGACGACGAGGACGACGAAGUCGAGCUACAGUUCUUCGACAACCAGAAACGAGGCGAGAUUGGCAACUUUGCUGCCAGCCAUGACGAGAAAUUGGUCGCAGCCUCGAGUGGCUCAAUCAUUGGUGUUUACAAUCUCGAGACCGAGAAACAUUGUAUGCAGUUUCAAGGGCUUGCGUUUCCUUGUGUCAAGCUUAUGUUUGGCCCGACGUUGAACGAAUUUGGAGGUUAUCUUCUGGUCAUCGAAACUUCGGAUAGAGAUGAGAGAAAGUCUGCUGUUUUCUUCAUGGAACUGAAUCAGGAUGGCUACAUGACUCACAAGCCCGACACGAUUAAUGUGGAUGAACUUCUGCAGAAGUCCUUGGAGCCUGUCGUGUCUGUGAUGAAUGACUCUUUUGGUGUUUCUUCAACAUCCCCACUCCUCGAGUCGGUCCGUAAAGGCUAUGGCAAGGCACUCGAGAAGCUGAGGGCGGGUAUCGAGUCCAGACAUCUGUCUCGUGUAGCAGGUCGUCCCAGUGGAUUCGGUUCCAGUCCAUUUAGUAUAGAUGGCCGACUGUUCCUCUACCUGAUACAAAACGAAAGCACGCAGUCUGGUCCUCGUCCGCCAGCCGACCUUCCCAAAGUCAUAGUCUACGAUAUGGCCAACAAGAGUCAAAAGCACGUUCUAGGUGGUUAUGAAGAUGCCAUCAUGUGGACAGCGUUCAGUCCUGAUAGUCAGUACAUCGCUACUGCAGCUUGGGAUGGCACUUUCAAAAUCUUCGAUGUCUCGACAGGUGAUUGCAAGCACGUCAUUGGACCAACAGGAGGACAGUGUUGGAGUGGAGCGUGGUCGCCGGAUUCGAAACAUAUCUUGCUUUGCGGAAUGGCCAAUCAAGACUCUCGUGGCGAGACAUUCGUAGCUGUCUAUUCCGCCGAAACGGCAGAGCAGGUCAAUCGAUUCAGAGAUGAACAGCUUCGACAUUGGGUCAGAUGUGCAGCCUGGUCGGCCCGAGGAGAAAUAGCCAUUGUGCACGAGAAAAAUAACGUGUGGAUCUGGGAGCCUUUCGAAAACAAGACGAUCAGCAGUUUCAAAGUCAAGGUCGACGAUGGGAUGAAGGAGAGAUUUGCUGCCGUGUCGGCAGUUCAAUGGGUGAACGGAGGAGAGGUGCUAGUUGCUCGUGCGGGGGAUGACACCGUCGAGAUCUGGAAUCGGGUCAAGAACAUCAAGUGGCGGAUACAGAGGCCCGAGGGCGCUGGGGUCGAGCGAGGUAUUGGCAUGUUGCGAUGGUCGAAAGAAGACAGAGCAUUGAGAACCUUCAGUCGUGACGGCUACAUGAGGUCGUACCAUUUGUAG